AUGACUCUCCUGCACACUGUCCUUGCUCUGGUCCUCAGCUGGACAGGUCUCUCUUCAGUCCUGUACAUUUUCAGUACUGGACUGUUUACUGUGGUUGCACUUUGGACUGCGAGGCUGCUGCUGCGUCAUGCCUGGUACACUCACAAGUUGUCCUGUUUCAGCAAACCACAGACACGUUCAUGGCUGUUGGGCCAUCUUGGGAAGAUGCAGAGCACAGAAGAAGGUCUUCAGCGGGUGGAUGACCUGGUGCAGACAUACAAACACUCCUGCUGCUGGUUCCUCGGUCCUUUCUAUCACCUGGUCAGACUCUUCCACCCUGACUACGUCAAACCUCUGCUUAUGGCACCUGCCAGCAUCACUGUGAAGGAUGAACUCAUUUAUCACCAUCUACAGCCAUGGCUUGGAAACAGUGUGUUGAUCAGUAACGGAGAGGUGUGGUCUCGCAAGAGGCGGCUGCUCACUCCAGCUUUUCAUUUUGAUAUUUUGAAGAGCUACAUUGCCUUAUUUAACUCCUCAGCUAAAACCAUGCAUGACAAGUGGUGCCGGCUUGUAGCAGAAGGCAAAACUAAUCUGGAGAUGUUUGACCAUGUCACUCUCAUGACUCUGGACAGUUUACUGAAAUGUGCCUUCAGCUACGACAGCAACUGUCAGGAGUCUUCCAGUGAGUACGUGUCAGCCAUAGUGGAGCUCAGUGACCUGAUAAUAGAGCGUAGAGAAAAAAAUAUUUUACACCACUGGGACUGGAUUUACUGGAAGACUCAGCAGGGGAAACGAUUCAAACAAGCCUUAAACACUGUACACAGGUUCACUAGGGAUGUGGUUGAGAAGCGCCGCACCCUCCUUAACCAACAGAGGGAGACAGAAACACAAUCUGAAAUUGCCCCAACAGCCCAGAAGAGGAAAGAUUUUGUAGACAUCCUGUUGUUGACAAAGGAUGAAGAUGGACAAGGACUAACGGAUGAGGAGAUGCAGGCUGAGGCCAACACUUUCAUGUUUGCAGGUCACGACACAACAGCCAGUGCCAUCUGCUGGACGCUGUAUAAUUUAGCACGCCAUGAACACUAUCAGGAAAAAUGCAGACAGGAAGUGAUGGACCUGAUGGAGGGACGAGAUGGACAUGAAAUCCAGUGGGAGGAUCUGUCCAACCUUCCCUUCACCACCAUGUGCAUCAAAGAGAGCCUCAGACUCCACUCUCCUGUGCAGGCUGUAACACGGAGUUACACCCAGGACAUGGUGCUGCCAGGAAAUCGAACAGUCCCAGCGGGUACAAUCUGCCUGGUCAGUAUUUAUGGAACACACCAUAACCCCACUGUCUGGACAAACCCACAUGAAUAUGAUCCCCAGCGAUUUGACCCAAGCAACAAAAAGAGCCAAACCUCUCAUGCCUUCAUCCCCUUCUCCUCAGGCCCCAGGAACUGUAUUGGUCAGAAAUUCGCCAUGGCGGAGCUUCGUGUUGUUGUGGCGUUGACCCUGCUCAGGUUUCGACUGACCCCAGGAGUGAACCCUGAACUCGGGAGCAGCAGAGUUCGCCGUCUCCCCCAACUCGUCUUGCGUGCGGAGGGAGGCCUGUGGCUGCAGCUGGAGCCUCUGAACACACCCACAUAGCAGGAGCGGUCAGAUGAAUGAGCCAAUAAGAUGAUAUAGUAACUUGUUUUUUUGAGAAAAGAGUAAAGAAAAGAUCAGCCAGGAAGUGAAACUUAAUGCAGUAUCUAUGUUGAUGCCCACUGACAAACGUUAUCUAUCUGCAGUAACUUUUUGGUGUCUUUAUCUAAUAUAGGCAAAUGCAAUAAUAACCAUGCAACUCUUUAAUGUACCUCUCAGACCGUAACUAGCAGUUUGGUUUUGAAGUUUCACACAUUAAUAUAAGGGCUGAAAUCUUCUUGUCAGAAAUCGACAUUU